GUCUGCCUCAACGGAAGAGGAACGCAAUUGUGCUUCCGUAUAAGGCGAAUGGAAACAAACCGCAAGACACUUUGUUAAACUAGGUAUCAGGAUUAUAACCGGCUUUCCGAUGGAUCUUCCAAUCGUCGACCUUGACGUCUUCCUGAACAGACCGCGGGAGUCGGCCGAGGUUCAGGAGGAAUGCAAAAAAGCGGCAGAUGCGUUGAUCACUUAUGGCGCCUUGGUUCUGCACGACUCUCGGGUUUCGGAGGAGGACAACUCGACCUUUCUUGACCUCCUCGAGGACUACUUUGCCCAGCCGGAGGAGGAGCUGAAGAAGGACGAGCGGCCUGAGCUCAGCUAUCAGAUCGGCGUGACGCUCGAGAAUACCGAGAAACCGAAAUGCGCCGUAGACGAGCCCUGCCUCGAUGUCAUCAGGCGCCUCGACCCCGCCGAGCGACCGCUCGACAUCACGGCGCACUCUCCCGACCCGAAAUGCAGGUUCUUCUGGAGGAUGGUCGAGCAGCCACCAUACGAGACCCAGUUCCCGGGACUGAACGCGGCAAACGUGGUUCCACAGUCACCGGCAAUCCGAGAACGCUGGACACCCGUCAUGAACCAGUGGGGUUUGUCGAUGAAGAAUGCAGUCUCUGACCUCGCCGAGAUGGCUGCAAUCGGCCUCGGGUUGCCAGCUGAGACGUUCAGGGAGGCAGGACGUUACGGACCCCAUCUUCUCGCCCCCACGGCCUCCGACCUGGUCAAGUACGGGAAGGAGGACACCAUCCUGGCGGGCUUCCACACAGAUCUCAACUUCCUGACCAUCCACGGCCGCUCUCGCUACCCAGGCCUGAACAUCUGGGCCCGCAACACGGGCAAGCGCAUGGCCGUCCGGAUCCCCCCGAGCAACGCCGGCGGCAGCGGUGGCCACUUGUUGGUGCAGGCUGGCAAGCAGCUGGAGCACGUCACGGGCGGGCUGGUCCGGGCCGGCUACCACGAGGUCGUCGUCAACGCGGGGACGCUGGAGGCCGUCCGCCGCCGCCGACAAGAGGAGGGCCGGCGGCCGCUGAUCCGCGUGUCGUCCACGUUUUUCUGGCACCUCUCGUCCGACCACGACCUCGCGCCCGUGCCAGCGCUGGCGGAGAGGGCGCGGAGGCUCGGGGAGGAGCAGCGGAGGCUCGGCAGGGAUGAGGGGCCCCCCGCGGUGUAUCCGCCUAUGAAGGUUGGGCACCAGGUUCAGAGUGAACUGAAGCAUAUUGCCUUGAUGACGUCGUGAAGGCUGUGUGCUUCCUGUCUGUAGAAUCUUCAUCGGCAAGUUUGGGAUGCGUACAAAGGUUCAAUAGUGAAUGUCCGACGGGUAUCUUCUGUCUCUAGAGGGAUGACUGAUGGAUACCGGUUGCCCAUGAAUACAUGAAAAUGCCAUAAUUACAUACAAUAUGCAAAAGCUGAC